AUGGAAAGCAUUGAAGCCAAGUUUCCAGAAAACCCACCUCUCAUAACACGCAAACUUGCCCUAGGUGCACAAAUCUGCUUGAGAGUUGUGGCGGUUGGGACUGCAUUGGCUGCCACAUGGAUGAUAGUCACUUCCAAGGAAACUGUUGUGGUUUUUGGUUUGUCAUUGCACGCUCGAUAUAGCUACUCUUCUGCUUUCAAGUUCUUCGCCUUUGCAAAUGCCUUGGCAUGUGGCUUCACUUUGCUCUCCAUAUUCUUUGUGUUCUUCUUUGGUCGCCAUGGCUUGACUCCUACUAACAAAUUCUUAUUGUUCCUACACGAUUUGUUUAUGAUGUCGCUGGUGCUUUCCGGUGUGGCGGCUGGGACUGCAAUCGGGUACGUAGGCCGCUACGGUAACAGCCACGCUGGUUGGUUUCAAAUCUGCGAUCGUUUAAACAAAUUCUGCCACAAGGUGACCGCUUCAUUGAUACUCUCUUAUCUGACAGUCCUUUGCUUGCUGGUGCUUACCAUCAUCUCCGCCAGCAAUUCUAGACAAAUCAAGGCUUAGAAACUCCAUAACUUUGGAGUGACAGAACGGAUCAAGACGAAGAAGA